AUGUCCAUUGAAUUACAACAACUAAUCCCCAACCUCUAUAGCCCUGUCAUCUUCAAGGCCCUCACCUCUUCCGGCCCCGUCGUCGUUGACUUCUUCGCUACCUGGUGCGGUCCCUGCAAGGCCGUCGCGCCCGUCGUCGGAAAGCUUAGUGAAACCUACGAGAACGUACGCUUCAUUCAGGUGGACGUCGAUAAGAACCGUCAGGUCGCACAAGAUAUGAAAGUGAGGGCUAUGCCGACGUUCAUUGUGUUCAAGGAUGGCAAGCCCCAUGGAGAGCCGAUUGUGGGCGGAAACAUGAAGGCCCUGGAGGAUAGAAUCAAAGAAGUUGCUUAG